AUGCGGCGAAUCGAGCGAACUUUUGACAAAAUUAAAGAGCUCGCCACGCUUGAUGAAGAAAGUUGGUCCGACCGCCUGGCAUGGGCCAUCAAGAACAAGGAGCAGUGUCAAGAGCUGCUCGAUAAAAUCGCGACGGAAGAAAAUGUUGUUUACAAAUACACGCAGAGCAUAUCUCUCGGGAUCAACUUGUCUAUGCACUCAAGCGUCAAGCAAAUUUCGGAAGGGAACGCUUUAGAGGCCAAUAGUGACGCGAUUGCGGAUAAAGUGUUGGCAAGAUUGACCGAACAAUUCACCAGUAUCAUAUACAGACCCAUAGAGCCCGUGACACGACCGAUCCUCGUAAGAAAGGUCCCUUGUGGGACUCAGAAAGUGCCGAAGAAACACCAGCGUCGACAACUGAAGAUGAACUCCAAUCCUCGACUACUAUCGAAUUGUCAAGCAGCAGAUGGACCUACAUCCCGCCAGAAUAACAAACAGGUAAAACAGGAGCUGCAAGAACAGAAGCUACAAGAACAGAAGCUACAAGAACAGAAGCUACAAGAACAGAAGCUACAAGAACAGAAGCUACAAGAACAGAAGCUACAAGAACAGAAGCUACAAGAACAGAAGCUACAAGAACAGAAGCUACAAGAACAGAACAGACAGCGACAGCAGCAAAAGAAGAAAGAAGAGGAGAGGCAGCAAGAAGAGAAGAGGCUGCAAGAAGAGAAGAGGCAGAUGGAACAUAAAAUCCAGGAGGAAGAAAAGCUUAAAGCCCUAGAAGCACCACAAGACCCAAUGGUUCAUUUGAUUGAUCCAGUCAUGAAAGAACGUCACUUUCCAUUUGAUAUGGUCAAGACCUGGGGAGCCAUGGAAGAAAUCCUGCAGUCAACUCGCUUCCACGGCAGCAUUUAUAAAUCGGCCGUCAUGGAAGGACGGUACGACCUGACGACAAAGGAUGGUAUCGUGGAGGCCAGAGAUUGGGAGAAGAUGAUCAGGCCUGGAGUGAAGAUUGUUAUGAGCAUGUGGACCUACUAA